AUGUACUGCCAGGCUCUUGGAGGUCAUCUGCUCUCUCUAGCAAAUGUUUUCAACAAUGCCCUGAUCACCGGAAUUCAGUUGACAACGCUCGAUGGAACAAAUGGAUGGUUGGGUGGUCGAAGGGCACAAAACGGGAGCUGGUAUUGGAGCGACGGCACCCCAUUCACCUAUGCAAAAUGGGCACCAGGGCAACCAUCUACCGGUGAUUGCAUCUACAUGAACUCGGAUGACAAAAAUUGGCGAACGAUUGACUGUACAGCCAAUCUACCGUAUCUCUGUCAAUUGCCAACUGUGAUAACUCCAAAUUGUGACGUCACACAAACACCUAUUGCCUGCCCUGCUGGAUCGAGGUACAUCCAGGAGCUGAACUCAUGCCUUCAUGCGGAUAAUAACCUUGUUUCCGCUUUGUUGGCAGAGAAGUAUUGCAAGGCGUUUGACGGACAUCUUUUCUCAAUUCACGACGGAGAUACGGACAACUUUUUGACCGGAAUUUCGUAUACAUUAAUAAACGGCGAUCAGUUCUACAUCGGAGCAAAGAAAAAUGCGAGCACUUAUGCGUGGACUGAUGGGACAGCGUUUGACUACACGAAUUGGAAGAAUGGUGAACCACAGCUAGAGUGUGUGGUGAUUCAACGGGAAUCAGCUGCUUGGGUGACCGUCAACUGUGCCAAUCAACUACCAUUUAUGUGCAACAUACCUCCAAUUGUAAAUGGUGGCUGCACGUAUCCACCAAUGAUCACCAUGGAAACCACAGCAUCAUUGGCUAGCAGCAGUACCCCUACAAUGAUACCACUCAACUGCCUUCCAGCUGCUCAGCAACAGCUUUACAACUGUCAAAAGGGGUGGCAGUACUUUCCAGCAACUGGAUUCUACUACUUGGUCUUCUUCGAUAGCUCCUACUCACAGGGUGAAGCCUAUUGUGUCAGUCAGGGCGGGCAUCUAGCCUCUGUGCACAGCGAAGCCGAAGACGAUUUCAUCUCAAAUCUUUGCUGUGACUCGGAUUGCUCUUUUCGUAAAGAUGGAGACGGCUGGAGUGCUGCGGGACUCUUUAUGAUUGGCGCCCAAAAAGUAAACGGAGCCUGGUCUUGGCUUGAUGGCACUCCAUGGGACUAUCAAAAGCCCAUCUGUGAAUCGGGAGACGCUCGCUUCAUUUUGAUUGAUGAUGACAACUGCACUGGGGAUGAUUGUGUAGAUUAUGAUUGGGUGACUGCAGGUUCGGCCGACGGAGUCGAAGUCCCGUAUUUUGUGUGCAAACGAAAUUUUUAUUCG